AUGGAAGUUGCUCCAGCCUUGUCGACCACGCAGUCAGAUAUCACGUUCCAGAAGGUGGACGCCCGCGAAAUCGAUAGGUCCGCCUACUUAGGCCCGGACUACAAUGGCGAUGACCUCAUGCAGCUGAUCUCGGAUUACUAUAAUAUCGAGGCCCUCGUGGCGUACCUAGCUCAGCAUACGGAGUAUAAAAGUGUCACGCUUCAGUUUCCCGACGACUUGAUCAAAGACUCCUCGCUGAUAAUAAGGUCGCUGCAGUCGAGGUUUGCCGAUGAGACGGUGAAGUUUUGGGUUCUUGCAGACACGGCGUACAGCGCAUGCUGUGUGGACGAGGUCGCUGCCGAGCACGUCCACGCGGACCUGGUGGUCCAUUUCGGUGAUGCAUGCCUGAACGCCAUCCAGAGUCUGCCCGUGGUAUACUCGUUCGGGACCCCAUAUGUAGACAUACCGUUGGUGGUGGAGAACUUCCGGAGGGCGUUUCCUGACCUGUCCUCGAAAAUAUGCUUAAUGGCUAAUGCUCCUUUCUCCAAGCACCUGUCGCAACUGUACAGUGUCUUGACGCGCGACUUACACUACACCAAUAUCAUAUAUUCGCAGAUAAACACCUCUUUCGUAGAAAAGAGCCUCGUAACCAUACUGGAUACGUUCGACACCCCGGAGAAUGUGACCCAGGUUGGUGAGUUCGGCAACAACAGUAUACUGCUUGGACCAGGAGGAACCACAGAGGGCGUCUUGCCCGAGGAAUACCAUCUCUUCCACCUGACCACGCCUCAGGACCCAAGGUUGCUGUACUUGUCUACGGUUUUUCAAUCAAUCCAUAUCUUUGAUCCAGCUGCGUCUGAUCUUGUGACAGGGCCCUUCCCCUCGCUUAUGAAGCGUUACAAAUACAUGCAUGUGGCUAGGACUGCGGGCUGUAUAGGUAUUCUGGUUAACACGCUGUCGCUGCGCAAUACCAGAGAAACUAUCAACGAGCUGAUCAAGCUCAUCAGGGCGCGUGAGAAGAAGCACUACCUUUUCGUGGUCGGGAAGCCGAACGUGGCCAAGCUGGCAAACUUCGAAGACAUCGAUAUAUGGUGCAUCCUCGGCUGCAACCAAAGCGGUAUCAUCAUUGACCAGUUCAACGAGUUUUACAAGCCGAUCAUCACACCGUAUGAGCUGAAUUUAGCGUUGAGUGAAGAGGUCACUUGGACCGGGAAGUGGAUUGUGGACUUCAAAGACGCCAUCGAUGAAAUCGAACAGAACAUGGGUGGAGACGAUACGUCCGCGACCACUUCCCACAGUGACGAGCCAGAGUUUGACGUUGUGACGGGCAGAUACACCAGCACAUCAAGGCCACUACGAGCGCUAACGCAUUUAGAGCUGGAGGCGGCUGAAAAUGAAGACGAUAGCUCCAAGCAGCUGACUACGAGACAUACCGCCUCGGGCGCCAUUAUCAAGGGCACAGUGUCCACUUCUGCGGCAGCACUACAGAACCGUUCGUGGAAGGGCCUGGGCAGCGACUUCGACUCCGUCGAAGUUGAUGAAACCGGUGCGGACAUCGAAGAAGGUAUCUCCGGUGUCGCACGUGGCUAUGGGUUCGAUCGUACAGACGCCAUAAACAAGGAGCAAAAGUAA